AUGGAACAGGUGAAACUAGUCCAUGUUGCGAUUGAGGUGGGAUUUUGGUACCACCAUGCAGAGCCUUCAUAUGUGAUGUUAGUGAAUUGGAUCCCUCAAACUCCUCCUACCAUCCCUGAUAAUGCUUCUCAUCAAGUGGGAAUCACAGCUUUUGUAUUCAACAAGGAGGGAGAGAUUGAUACAGAAUUUGUCCAAGUGGUUGGGUUCAGGGAUGGUCAUAAUGCCCCUUUCAAAAAAUCUGAUCUGCUCUUCGUGUGCAUGUUGAGAUCUGUUUCUUCUAACAUUGUUGUGCAAGAUACAAAAAUUUCAACAGCCAAGGUACAUGUUUAA